AUGUCGGAACUUGCACACAACAAUCGUUCAGAGCAAGUCUUAGAUGGGUCGACACCAUAUGACUCCGAAUCCACUAUCAGUCGCGGCGACUUGCAGGAAAAGCCAUCCAACCUAGACAAUGAGGACCCCGAAGCGCUGACUCGGCUCGAGACAGCCCAGUCGGCCGUCAAGCCCCCGUCAGAACUAUGGAAAGAAAUCAUCUUCAUUGCGGUGGUCUGCAUGGCUCAAUUCAUGACACAAGCCGGCCUAUGCAUGUCCAUUGCCCCAGCUCACAUCAUUGGCGCCAGCUUUGGCACCACCAAUGCAGGACAGCUCAGUUGGUUCGCCGCAGCUUACAGCUUGACUGUCGGAACCUUCAUUCUGGUCGCGGGUCGGCUCGGAGACGUCUACGGGCAUCGACUCAUGUUCAUCAUCGGAUUCUUCUGGUUCGGUCUUUGGUCACUCCUGGCCGGAUUCAGCGUGUGGUCGAACAAGGUCUUCUUCGACUGCUGUCGAGCUCUGCAAGGAAUUGGUCCCGCCAUGUUACUCCCGAACGCCAUCGCUAUUCUCGGACGUGCCUAUCCUCCCGGCUUGCGCAAGGAGAUGAUCUUUAGCUGCUUCGGAGCCACAGCACCGGGCGGGUUCAUCGUUGGGGGUGUCUUCUCUUCCCUCUUUGCUCAGCUUGUCUGGUGGCCGUGGGCAUACUGGGUCAUGGGGAUGGUGUGCUUUGUACUGGCCGCUCUCGGUAUCCUCGUCAUUCCCGUUACCCAUCGUCCGAAGUUUACAGACAACAUGACAGCUUGGUUGCGACUGGAUAUUCUCGGUGCUAUCACCGGUAUCUCGGCUCUAGUCCUGAUUAACUUUGCCUGGAAUCAGGCUGCACUCGUGGGAUGGCAGACACCCUACACCUAUGCCCUCCUUAUUGUCGGAUUUGUCUUCUUCGGCGUCUUCGUUUUCGUUGAACGCUCGGCCCCGUGCCCCUUGAUCCCCUUCGGAAUUAUCGUCUACUACUUCUUCCAGUACAUGGAGGUCAUCAAGGGUGACUCGCCACUACUUGCGACCGCUAAAUGGUCCGCCGCCGCGCCGUCUGGGGCCGUUGCUGCGCUGGUCACCGGUUUCCUGCUGGGAAAGCUACCACCUAGUGUGAUCAUGUUCUUCGCCAUGUGCUUCUUCACUGCUGGACAAGCCAUCUUCGCCACUGUCCCUGUGCAUCAGACGUACUGGGCGCAGGCGUUUGUCGCUAGUCUGAUCACGUCCUGGGGAAUGGAUAUGUCCUUCCCAUCAGGAACACUCAUCCUGAGCAAUUCGAUGCACCAUCACCACCAGGGUCUAGCGGCAUCGCUGGUCACGACAACAGUCAAUUAUUCCAUCUCACUGGGACUGGGAUUUGCCGGUACUGUGGAGUCGAACGUUAACGAUGGCGGAAAGAACCCCCUGAAGGGAUACCGCGGAGCACUUUAUCUCGGCAUAGGACUUGCUGGGUUAGGGAUGGUGACGUCUAUCUGCUUCAUGUCGGUUAGCUGGAGACGUCAUCGUCUCGGAAAGGAGUCGACGUGAUGUGGUAAUGUUUAAUGGUCAUAAUAGAUGGCGUGGCGGGCGAGACUGCUCGCUGUGAGCGUGACUUGUCUGUGUUUAUUUUCGAAAAGUGUGCUUUGAAGUCUUAUACCCUACAUAGAAUAGAUGCUAUCUUCUCC